UAUGGCUCAGCUUUACCAUAAGCCUCUGCAGGUUUAUGAAAUAUUACCUGCAUUAAUACAUCAGCCAGGCCUAAUUGCACCCCUAAUGGGGUAAAUUGUAGGGUUAAUUAUGUUAAAUUACAUACAGAAUAGCAAUUAUGCAUGAGCUGGACUGGUAAUAGGGGGUUAAUACUUAAUAGAUACUGCUCUAUACAAGUAUACUGAGCCUAUGCCAACUCAUUGUGAAGCCAACUUGCUUACAUGUUAAGACACUCAAAGGAAUGAAACCACAAAAUAGGAGAUUUUAAGCCAAUGAUUGCAUUGUUUCCUGUUGUAUUUUUCAAUAUUGGAAGUUUAAUGACAUUUGUCAAGGAUCUUAAAUUGAACUGAUGUACUCUGCUUAGAAACAGUUGCCAUGGCGACAGAUACAGCAUUACUCACAAAGCUGAUUCAGGAUGCGGUUCAAAAACUCUGCAUGCAACAUGUGCAUUCAUCCACCAUGGUUGAAAUAGAUGGUAUUAUAUGCGUCUCGCCUAUAAACGAGCGAGACAUCGUCAUCAAAAUGCAUAAAACAUUGGAAAAGUCGGCAGAGGCAACAGUGUCAAAUAUCCAAAAUGUGCUGGCGGAAAAGCUAAAACAGCAAAGUAUGGACCGUGCUAGUCAGGAUUUUAUGAACAAUAUUGAAUCAAAUUGCCAGUUAGCCAAAUCCCCAGAAGAUAUGUACAGUUCUGCAAUGACAUGGCUUAAGACGCAACCGUUAAUGUCCCCAUUUCAGCACAUUUCUGCACAUCAGUUAUUAGCGCAGCAAGCAGCUCUUGCCCAUAAUGCAACACAAGAAUCAACACAGGAGGUUAAACAAGCUGACCAACCUGUCAAUUUGACGCUAAAAAGGAAAUCAACUGAAGCCCAUGAAAAGGUGGAGCCACCAUACAGUGCUAAGCGGUCACGUCAGGCAAGUGAGAGAAAUGACAGAGUUGACGAGGAUGACUGUGUUACAGUUGACGACAGAGAUGAUAUUAAAGAAGAGGUUUUCAAUGAUACUAAUGAUAUUACACAGGAAGACCCGCAACCCCCUAGACCACUUUACCCCCAUACUCGAGCUGUUCUUCACAAUGGACUGACAACCCAUAAGCCACCAGCAGAUGUUGGCUGGCCCGGGACACCCUCUAUAUAUGGCUUAUAUGGUAACCAUAGCAACAACAACAGUGCUAAUGUUGCCAGUGGCAACAACUUUAACAAUUUCAAUGCUGACUCAGAUUCAUUGCCGAGGAUUGGCAAAAGUCGCAAUCGGACAGCCUACAGUAAUGCUCAAAUUUACCAACUCGAACAGGAAUUUUUAAUAAAUCGUUACAUAAAUCGGCCGAGGAGACACGAACUUGCUUUAUUGCUCGGGCUCAAUGAGCUUCAGAUUAAAAUUUGGUUCCAAAAUCGUCGAAUGAAAGAAAAAAAAGAAAAAGGUGGAUCCGUCUCUGGAACCUGGAAUACAAGAGACAGUUUAGACGAUUCCAUGCUUAGUUCUGAAAAUGACCACCAGGGGUCCCCACCAGUUUCUCCAUAUAAGGAUGAUAGUCCGACAAGAGGGACGGUUAAUGAUGCGGAUGACAUGAAACAGGAAAAUAUUCAAGGCAAUGUGAAUAAGGAGUUCACUAAACAAGAGAUUAAAACGGAAUGAAUGGAAUAAAAUUCAAUGUUACUGUCAAAUACUCUUACGCAUUUAUAAUUCUGCACAUAUGAAGUCCCUGCCUUGCUUAUGAAAUCAAAUCAUCAUGUGUUAUGUCCAAUAAUAUCAGGAUUUAAAAAUAUAGCUCCUCACCAUAGCUGUCAAAUAUUAUAUCGAUCCUCAUAUAAGCAGCACUUGUGAAAUGUCUCAAUAAGAUCAUACUGAAAAGUAGGAAUGAUCGAGAAAUUGUAAAUACAAUGAAAUUGGAUAAUGUGACUGAUAGACAUAAAACUGGAUCAGGAGAAUGCUAUUUAUCUCCUUAAAGAGAAAAUGGGAUCUAUAUUCAGAAGAUUCAAUCAACUUUUAGUCAACAGACAAAAUUGUUAAAGUGGAUGAAAAGUGGAUCUUGGAAAAUCCUUGCAUCGAAAGUAUUGACCAUAUUGUUCAGUGAUCUUCCCACAUCAUUUUUGCAACAAUGUGCUAAAUCCCUUUUUUUAAUUUUACCAGUUUUGGGUGAAAUUAAUGUUGCAACAUCUUGACAGAGUGCAAAGUUGCAAACAAAUGUUCAAUAUGGUAGCAUGUAAUUAAAGAAUUUUUGACAAGCUGUAGGACCCAGCCGCUUGAAUGCUGUUGAGAUCACUCCUACCCAGGCCCAUAGACAGGGGGGGUUUGGGGUCAAGCAAAACCCCCUGGCCAAAAAUUCUUUCAAAAUCAUGCACUUUUUUACCAUUAUGAUGACUUUUCAAGUGAUUAUGGCCAAAGUUGUCUAUAUUGAGCUCCCCAUGUGAAUUUUCUAAAAAGUGAACCCCCUUGGCAAAUCCUGGCUACGGGCCUACCUACCAAUAUAUUUCUUUCAUGUAUAUGUUCGAGAAAUACAUGUUUUUGGAGAAUGUGAA